AUGGGCAUUGACAAGACAAGCGCAGGCCCUGCGGCGCCAGCCCAGGAGCCGCGUGCAAGCCUGCCCGCGACGCUCGCGCUGCGCGAUUCGGUGCUUUUCCUGUGGUGCGGCCGCUUGGUCAAGGCGGCCAGGAGGGGCGGCAAGCUCGAUGCAGCGUGCGCAGGCGCGGUGCUGCCUCUUGGUGCCACCUGUGAGAUUGAUGACCAGCUCUCCAAUGGCCCCUCCUGGGUCAGCGCGGCCGACCCGCCCCCCGCGCCCGUGUCAACGCGCUCGGUGUUCCUGCACCACGGGAGGUGGAUCGCGCUGCGCAUGGCGCUGGCGGCUCUUGUCCUGGGGCUGCGGCUGGCGGUGCCCCUGAUGCUGCGCGGCUUCGUCUCGUUCUUGGCCGACUACGAACACUCGACGAUCCGCGCCCAGGCCGCCGGCACGGCCGCCCCCAUGUGGCGCGGCUGGCUGUGGGCGGCCGGCCUUGUGCUCAUGUCGCUCGCCGCCAUCGUGGCGGACGCGCUCAGCACCUGGAACACCCAGGCGCACUCCAACGUCCUGCGCAUGCAGCUGGGCGCCGCGCUCAGCGCCAAGGCCCUGCGGCUGUCCGCGUCCGGCUUCGCCGCGCGCUUCGGGGCGGGGCGGCUGCUCAACGGCUUCUCGUCCGACGCCCGGCGCGUGGCGGAGUUCAACAUGCUGCUCGAGUUCCUUUGGACCGCGCCGCUGGCGACGGUGGCGGCGUACACCAUGAUCGCAACGGAGAUCGGCCCGAUCGAGGCGCUUGCGGGGAUCGCGGUCUACAUCCUGGCGCUGCCACUUGUGUUUUGGUGGUCCCACCUGAUAUCCCGCAUGCGUGCCGCCUCCGCCGCCGCGGCGGACGAGCGCCUGCGGCUGCUGGGCGAAUGCUUGUCGGGUGUGGCGGCCGUCAAGGCGCUCAAGGCGGAGGGCGAGAUCGAGCGGCGGGUGAUGGAGGCGCGCGCCCGGGAGAUGCGGGCGCUGAGGUGGAUCGCCCGGCUCAAGGCGCUCAACUACAGCCUGCAGGAAGCGGCACGACUCUGCGCCCGAGGGUGCCUUUGGAAUGCCGAAAACAUGAAGUAG